UGCGCAAACGGCGCUAAUAUGAAAUCCCUCUGUACGUUUGAAGUUUGGUUGUGUUUGUAUUGCGCAUGCCCAAUGUGUAUUAGACUUGCGUUGCAGCCGUUCAUCGUUAUAUCAACAAUAAAAACACCAUCAAGGAGCCUAAUUUCACACGUGAAGCUUUAUGGUUGAUUGAGCAUCUGGGUGUCAUGCAGUGUGCAUGGUUGUGAACCGUGGUUUGGCUUCAUACGUGUGAUUGCAUAUAUAGCUCUACAUGACUGACCAAUGGACAAGGGAACGUUGAAGAGCUGACAUUGUGACCUGAACACUUGGGCCUGUCCGUGUCAUACGCGACCGCUGUCCGUAAAUCAACUCCCCAGCACACUGAAUAUAGACCUACCACACCAUGAGUGAUGUUGGGUGGAGAGGAGUCCCCCAAAAGCAGUGCUUGUUGAUCCUAUGAUGCCUACAGAAGUGAACCAAGGGUGCGGGGAGGGGGGCAUUAUAGGGGCCAUACCACUCCCAAAAAGAAGACAAUUUUUUUUGUUGAAAAAUGAGAAACAAGGAAAGAAUUCCAUACACAGACACCACUUGACACCCUUUGCACAUGCACAAACCCUAUGAGGCUGGUCUGGAAGAUCUGGAGUGUAAUUUCUAAGUGCAGGAAUACCUCAAUAUUAUUUUACAGUGACUGAUGAUGACUUGACAGCGUUGACUCAACGACUGCUACAUCAUAAUGACAAAUCCUCAAUGGAGAAAACUGUGGAGAAACCCAAACAGGUCCUUGACGAGGUCAGCCUAGAGGGUAUGGCCAGGUACAUCAAGAGUGACAAGUGUAAAAAUGUCAUUUUCAUGAGUGGAGCUGGGAUCUCAACAUCUGCAGGACUUCCAGACUUCAGAAGCGAAGGCAGUGGUCUUUACAAUUCCCUGCAGAAGUACCAACUCCCCAGCCCUCAUCUCAUGUUUGAGAUCAGGUACUUCAAGGAGAGACCAGAGCCGUUCCUAACUUUGGCUAGGGCACUUUACCCUGGUCAGUUCAAACCAACACCGUGCCAUUACUUCAUCCGACUAAUGAGUGAUAAGAAACUACUACUUAGGGAUUACACUCAAAAUGUUGACGUGCUAAACAAGCUUGCUGGAGUGCCAGAGGAGUUGCUCGUUGAAGUUCAUGGGAGCUUCAGCACCGCUCACUGCAUUGAGGAGAACUGUCGAAAGGAGCAUUCUCCAGAUUGGGUCAAAGGGGAGAUUUUUGCCGAGAGGAUCCCAAAUUGUGACCAGUGCGGUGGCCUCAUCAAACCAGACAUUGCAUUCUUCGGAGAGGGUCCAAUUAACAGUUGGCAUGAUCUACCCAAGGAGGACUUUCCAAAAUGUGACUUACUGAUCGUCAUGGGAACAACUCUUAUGGUGCAGCCAUUUUCUUCACUUAUAGACACAGUACCAGAAACAACCCCUCGACUUCUCAUCAACUAUGAGAUGUGUGGCAAGUGCGAUCCUUUGAUGAAAUUCUCAGGCCAGACCGUCGGUUUUCAGUUUGGAUACGAAGAUAAUUACAGAGAUGUUGCAUUUCUUGGGUCCUGCGAUGAGGGAUGUUACAAGCUAGCAGAACUUCUCGGAUGGAAGGAUGAGCUGGAGCAGCUUAUCAAGACCGAACAUAAAAAAUUUGAUGCUGAAAAUGGCCGCACCUAGAGAGCUUUUGUGUUGCAUCAUGUGAGAAGUUUUUAUAUUUCUUUCAGUCGACCCAGGAGUAUUCAGGACAUGGUAUUUGUGGAUAACUUUAAACUUAAAACUCGGCUGGAGAUCUGAAGCAAUAUAGUACAUGUACUAACUUUCUCUGGAAAACUGAACCCCAAAGAAUAAUUUCAGGUUUGUAUUUAAUACAACAUUUUAUUACCAAACAUAAAAACAAGAACUUUAUAAACAUAAACAAGUACAAGAAGCCGAUUUGUUAUCUCAACAAAAUUAAGUUUUGACUAGAACUGUACCACAGUCGAGUUGUAAAAUCUAUGUGUGAUUUCAACGAUUUAUGAUCAUAAAUCAUGCAAAUUUGAUGAGUGCAUACAGAUACAUGAGAAGCCAUUCAUAAUGCAAGGAAAAAUAUCAAUAUUCCAUAUGACUCGUGCAGAUUAUAAGCUUUUUUACUAUUUUAAUAUGGCAUUAAGAGGUGGAAACUAAGUGUUGCCUUUCAUGUAAUUUUAAAAAAUUUUUGCAGACGAAGACCUUUAGGAUAUUAUUUUCAAGAAGUCUGGUUCAGUCAGAAAUAACAUUCAGAGAAUACAGUUAGUUAUUUGAAAACAUAUUUUUAAAGGUAUGGUGGUGGCAUUUCAACUGUUUUGACCAAUGACAUAAAUGACAAAUGACCAUGAAAGAUGCAAAAGUAUCUCAGCAAAAUCCAAGGAUCAGUUGGAUCCAUUGGAUCAGUACAUGCAGAAAUCAGAGUUAAAAGUAAACUAGUGGUAUUGAAGUGUUUCUUCAUUUUUUUAAUGGAAGUGGUCAAAUAUUAAACGUAGAUCUGGACUUGAGAUGUUAAACGAUGACAAAACAGCCAGCACUUUGCUGAAAAC